GGCAGGCAGCAGGCAUAUGCACGCUUGUCGCCUCUCUGCCCUGACGAUCGAUCAUGAUUAACGGACAGACCAGACCUGUCGGCUCACACCCACUCAGGCACUCACUCGCCCACACUCGGCAUCCAUCACAUCACAUCACGGCCACACACACACACACACCCACACACACGUACGGCAUACGUAGUGUGAGCUGAUUGCUGGCCGGUCGGAGGAGGCAAAGCCCCAAAGAUGACGACCGCAGGGCCCGGCCAGAUGGAACGAAAAAAGCCACAUCUGACUGUAGAACAUCGGGCCGCCAUCUGGCCCUGGUCUGCAAAGCCAUGGCUGCCAGGCCUGCCAGGGCUGCACACAUUGUCUUGGGCACUGGGGCAUGUCGUUGAUGACGUCCCUCACGGUCCCGCCGAGGAAUAACCCUCGCUCCCAUCCUGCACUCGGACUGUCGGAAGGAGGAACCCCCACGUACCGUACGUUCGUGCAGCGUCUUUCCCGGGAAUCUCGGUUGUCCUUGUCUCUGGUCGCGUGUGCCUCGAUAUCCCUUGGGGUAAUAGGUCGGCUGGUCGGGUACUCGAGCCCAUCUUCAGAUUGGGUUGACUGUCAAGACAGGCGUGUUUGAGGAUGCUGCAGGGGGCUACACCGAGGUGGUGAGGGGCUCUUGUCUCUGACUGGCCCAGACGGGUCUUGCUUGGCCCGCAGCAAGGACCAGCCUGCCUUUGGUAAAGCCGUUUUGGACUUGGGCGCAAAAGAAACUCUCCGACAGGGUCAACCGCAACCACAACCACCGCAACCUGCCGCUAGCUUUUCGGUAAGCUCUGCCUGCAACUGCACGAACCACUCUGCGAUACCACUAGCCUGAUCUUGAGAAACAACAAUUAAGGUUCAUCAACAACGUCCAUGGGCCCAACGCCGGGGCACUUUAUUUUACACUCUGGGUCGAUGUUUUACGCCUACGCCGGGGCCCAGGGCCCCUCAGCCCUCCAAGGUUUGGACUGUCCUUGGAUGUGACCCACCUGAUAUCUUGCACAAGUUGCAGGUUGCGCCGCCGAACAUUCCACGCACAAACUGGCCUUCCAUACACGCACUUGCAAACCCCUUGCUUGUGUGACCACAGAUCUCCAUCGAGCUUGCUCAUGUAUGCUUUGGGUAGGUGAAUGCUGAGAUUGUGUUGGAUCUCGGGAUCUACCUGGGUCGGGAUCGGCCAACAGCUUGUCGAGUGACAGUUGCCUCCUGCUCCUCUGGUAGCUACUCCUCUGAUGUGGUCGAGCCUGCCUCCUUGGUCGAGGGCAACAUUGGGAUUCAUGGGAAAGGGCAAAUAGGCUCGCUUCAGGCUGUUCAAAGGUUUGAAUCACAGACAUCCCAUCCCGUCCGUCUGCCCUGAACCUUGGUCACAUUUCUCUUGGCCUGCAUCAAAACAGUCGGAUAUCCAUCAUAGCACGGCAUCACAGCCCAGCAUCACACCCCACAAUUAUCACAACACGAGAGUGAGCCUGCAUUUCACUACACAUACCAUUCUGCAUCCAUUAGACGCUACGAGAUCAGUAUCCGGCUUGUUGAUCAUGGAGGGCUCCGCGCCUCCUCCUGGGACCGGCAGCACUCCAUUCAGCAUCACAAACCACCAGAAUCGGCGAUUCAACCCCGCUGAAGAAUGGAAUUAUCAGUGUAUGCCAUGGGACAAGUUGUUAAAAUACAACCCAGAGAAAGAAUACUGCCAGCUGCAAUAUACUUGUCCCAUUGAACCGUUCAUUGAACCGUUCAUCAUGGUCAACAAGCGCUCGAUGGUGGUCGCCAUCGCCGGGCACUGUGACAACAGCGGGAAGCCGGGGGCUGUGGCGGCAUGGGCUGUACGCUUCGGGGUAGGCUCUCGAUUCAACGCUGCCGAACGGCUCGACCCCGGGUUCCCACAGACGACCUCCCGCGCCGAGAUCGAGGCCUUGUCUCAGGCCCUCGACAUCAUCAAGACCAUAAUGGCGCGUCCUUCGGAGAGAGAGUGCCGAUCGAAGGACGAAUUGCGCUUCGAGGUCACAUUCCGCUCCACAUCGGAGGAUCUCUGCCGCGUCAUGUGGAUGCCACAAAUUGAGAAGCAGAAAGACAAGGAGCCGAUACCUUACCUUGCCAGACUCAAGCUGCUCCGCAAGAAGAUGGACAAGAUGAUCGAAGACGAAAAUGGCAGGCUGUAGUUCCAGUUCUGGCUCGUUGAAGUAUAAGGAUCAGAGGCUCACACUCGGGCUGAUAGGGCGCCGGACGGGUGAGGCAGAUUCUUCAAUUCGGCCCCGGGGAAUGGAGAGUUCAGCAUACCACAGUAGGUGGCUGUGGAGUUACCUGGUGAGCCCGGGUCUAUCGUUGUCGAGGAGCAUCGGGAAUGACCUCACCCAACUGGCAGGCUGUGGCGGUCGGUCCGUUUGACGUUUAACCCCAGCGUUUGUGUGCCUGGCAGGAAGCAGGAGCCUCGGCAUGCCGGCGGUCCUUUUGGAAGAAUUUUCGAAUAACUUGAGACAGCGAAGCAUAACUAAACCUCAGAGCGGCAAGCCACUGGUUCCCCUUGUGCAA